GAGCCGACCGCUCCACAUAUAUGGGAAUGCCCGCCCCGCACGUCCGUGUGCGGGUGAGAAGAUCGUCGGAAUCCAUCGCCUACCGGAAACGGCUCAGAUGAUGAGAGAGAACGUGGAGCGAGUGCUUCAGUUUAUGGCCGCUAAAAGAAUCCGCAUGCACCACGUCGGCAGCAAAGAGGUCAUCGAGGGCAAUCUGAAAGCGGUGAUGAGGCUGAUUUUGGCGUUGGCCGCGCACUACAAGCCUCAGAGCGUGCGAACAUCGCCUUACGACAGUGGCGCCACCACCGAGAAAACGGGAACGACAGCGUCGUCGGCUGGCACGACGGCAACACCAGCGACGCCCUCGAAAUCAACCCCUCCCACCAAAACAACGACUCCCACGGUGACCCCCACCCCCUCCCCAUCCACCUCCGCCGCCAGCUCAGCCCCCUCACCCUCCACUUCGACGGCGACGGUGACCGGCUCCGCGGGCCCGGCGAGCACGCCCGGCACCCCCAGCACGCCGAACAAGCGCUCAGCGCUCUCCGUGUGCGUCACGACGCCCAACCUGAACGUGCCCGGGAACCGCAAGUCGAUCGGUCACCUGCUGGAGGGCACGCUGGCCGUGGCGCCGCUACGCCGCUUCCCCAGCGUGGCCGGUCACCAGUGGGCAGCCGCCGGCGUCGGCGGCGACGACGGCGACGACGGCGGCGACGAGGCCACGCCCGAGAGCCGUGUCGACGACGACGCGCCGGCUGCGGCGCGGCCGGUGGAGCGGCGCGGCCGCCGCCAGUGGGGCCUGCCCGGGCCGCCGCUCUACGAGAAUCUGCCCCGCAGCAACAGCUUCGCCAGCUACAGCGGCGACCGGCCGCGCCUACCGCCGGCCGCCGACACCGAGGGCAUCUACGACGUGCCGCGCUGCCGACCGCCACGCGUGCAGGAGGGCCCGGCCUCGCUCGGCGCCGAACUGUCGCGCACGACGCAGACGGACGGCCGCGAGCCGCGUGAGAUCGUGGACGGGUUCAGUAGCCUACCGCGCCACGGCGUGCGGCCCGCUGCGCUCGACUUCUGGGAGAGUCUGACCACGCACAGCACCGGCACCAGCUCGCCGAACACCAGCGGCGAGUUCAGGUACAACACCAUCCACCGGAUGAGUGGACGCCGCCUGCUCCCGAAGACGCCCGACACACGCUCGAGGCCCGCCGCGCCGGCCGCGCCGCCGGUGCCGGCAGGGCCGCCCAAGCCGUCCGAGGACGCUGAGGAGCGCAGUCUGGGCAGCCGGGGCGAGGUGGAGGGCUCCUCCAGCCACGGCUCGCCCACCACCUCGAUCGUGCGCUCGCGUGAGGAGGCGGUGGCCGAGUGGCUGCCGUACGACGCGCUGCUGGAGGAGCUCGGCCGCGCCCGGCGCCAGCUGGUCGCCCUGCAGGAGUUGGUGAGCCUCCUGAAUGGACACCAGCAGGAGGGCUCCGACUGUCGGGGCACCAACACGGCCGACGAGUUUGUCUUCUUGAAGUCGCGGUUGCAGAACACCUCCGAGAAGUGCAACCUGCUGCAGGCGGACCUCAACAAGGCGAAACAGAAUAUUCUGAAUGAGUCGGACGGCAGGAUCGAAGACGUCAAGCUGGGACCCCGCAAUGCCUUUGGACGGCAUGGCUUUGCUUCAGAAAAGGGAGAGCUGGGAGCUCGCCUCGGCGCUCAGGACCGCGAGCUGCAGGAGCUGCGCCGCCAGCUGGCCGACAAGGACAAGGCGAUCCACCUGCAGCAGAGCCAGUUCGACGAUGCCAUCAAGGCGCUGGCCAACUCGAACAUCAGGCCCGCGCAGAACGGAAAGGUGGCGCCGCAGUCGCCCGUGUCCAGACAGCGAGGCUCUGGCCGGGAAGAGAUGCAGAUUCUCAGAGACGCCAUCUCCAGUCUGAGAGCCAACUUCAGGGAGUCGGAUCCCAACCACCACACACUGGACACCCUGGAGCAGUGCGUGGCGGUGGUGCUCGACCGGCUGGCAGUUGCCGAGAGUGGCCGACAGGUGGAAGCACCAGAGGCGGUCCCGCCCAACAAGCGGGCCCCCAUCACCAGCCUGCAGGGACAGAACUCAUUCACCAAGGUGGUGUACUACACCGAGAAGACACUGACUCCGUUCCUGUCGUCCGUGCCGAAGCAGCUGGGAGAGAUCACCCUGCGCGACUUCAAGCAGAUCUUUGAUAGGCCUGGAAACUACCGCUUCCACUUCAAGAGCAUGGAUCCCGAAUUCGGCAUGGUGAAGGAAGAGAUAUCCAAUGACGACGAAAUCUUGCCCGGUUUCGAUGGAAAGCUGAUUUCGUGGGUGGUGGAAGAUCACGGUGUUUAAGCCCUAUGCUUUCGACAUAUAGUCGGAAGCUUGUACCACUCGUACAAUAUUAACAGGGGCCAUUCGACAGUGUUCUGACAACGAAGAUUUGGUUAUCUUUCUAUGACCCUUGAUGUCAGUACAUGAAGGAAACUGCUUCGAAACCAAAGAUAUUGUAGUACUAGACAAUAGCACGGUCUAGAGAAGAUUGCACAUCUGCUAUUCUCAUGUUCUUGGAGAGAUCAUAUGAUAAUUGAUGUCCUGCUCACACGGGAUAAUGACUUAUAAGCUGUAUAAAUGGUACUUUGUUAUGAAGAAGGCGGAAUUAUAUCCGUAGCCCGUUGAAAAUGCGCGACAUACACGAACCGCAUGCUACUUGUUUCGAAGACUAUACAAUAAAUGAUCAUUGAA